UUAUGUUGCAAAACCAAUAUAAGUUGGAUGACGGCAAGAGUGUCUCAAUGGAUUGCUUUCCAAUAAGGAAGAUCUUCAAGGGAGGAUAUCAAAGUGCUGGACACUGGGUGAAGGCUCAGAAAAGCACUAAGGAGAAGGCUUUUCAUGUUGUAAUUGGUCCAAAGCUAGUUCAAAGCUUGGAUCCACAGUCAGCCCCCGUGGACACAGCCCGACAAUCUGACAAGUCUUCUAAACCAACUAAAGAAAAAGUGCUGGAUGGAGAUUUCUUGAAGCGGCUGCAUUGUGUGGAUAAUUACUCCGACCUGUGUACUGUGAAUAUUAGUGACCAGAACCUCCAUUCCGUUAAACAAGAAGAUCUUAAGUUAUUUGAUUCUGUGGUUUAUGUAAAUGCAGCAGAAAACCAUUUGCCUUUGGAACCAUUUAAACUGUUUCCAGCUAUUCGAGAACUGGAUCUCACAAUGAAUGGUCUGCAGAAAGUGCAGCUGAUCUCAGACGAUUUCCCUCACUUGGAGGUGCUGAAUCUGUCCUAUAACAAACUGUCUAACACGGACAUUCUGACACUGGGGAUCAUUCCUCAACUCAAAAUUCUCCACCUGACUGGCAAUAAUCUGGACUCAUUUCCCCCAGAUCUAACAAUACCCUAUGAUGCCUUGGAUCGGCUUGAGAACCCUUUGCCGAGGUUUUCUGCACUUGAGGUUCUGAUGUUGGACGAUAACAGCUUAUCUGACCCCUGUGUGUUUUCGAGUCUGGCCAAUAUUCACAGCUUAAAGUACUUAAACCUCGACAAGAACAACUUCACUGGGGUUCCCUACCUGCAGCAGAUGGCACUGUCGCUGCUGGAGAGGACUGAAGAUGAUCCACUUUGCCGGUCCAUUGUCAACCAAUUCAAACAGCCCAUUCAAUGUCCAAAAGGGGAGGAAAUGGAGACUAUUGAGUUUCAAACUGAUGUUGAAGCCAGCAGAGAAAAGCUAAAAAUGACUGAAACAAAGGAGAAAACAGUGGAAGAGAUAGGAAAGAAGAUGGAAGAGUGGGAAAAUAAUGUUACUGAUGUGACCUUCACUCACAGUGACUCGGAGUCAAAUAUUCCCUUUCCCGCUAUGCAGGGGCAAGAUAGUUUGGAAGAAUUGCUACAGCCUCCCAAAAUAAAACCAAUGUGUUUUCUGAAACAGAAGAAUGAGUUUCUCCCUCCAUUCUCAGGGCUGAGUCACCUCAGCCUUGCAAAAAAUAAGAUAACGGAUGACGAGGAACUGUUAGCUGUUUGUCUCUUUCCGGCACUCAACAAACUGACCAUCUACAAAAAUCCUGUUGCCUGCUACUCCGUAAAGCACCUGCUAGUGCUCUCCAUGUUUCAGGACAGACUCGGGAUUGAAGUGAUCAGAAGCAAGCCCCAGUCCCCAGGGAAACCACCAGUCUGCAAUGUCUUUAAUCACAAGCGCAAGGUCAACAGUCUCAUUCCACGGAUCCCUAAACAGGUCCUGAUGUUGGAAGCUGCUGAGCAACUUCUUGAGCUGGACCAGGCCAGAGAAGAAGAGAGCCAGUCUGAUGAUGGAGAGAUGGAAACUCCGACACCACCACUUGACAUCUGCUCAGAGCUUCUGUCAUCACUGUCACAUAGGGUCUGCACAUUGGAGAGUAGCUCCUCUGAAGAGAGCUCCUGGACUUCAGAUGAGACCAUCAAAGAAAAGGAAACAGAGGGGUUCUUCAUGACCCAGGUUGACAAUGUGACACUGAAGAGUGAAGGAUUGGAGACUAUGGAGGAAGCAUUUACUGUAGCAUCCUCAUGCACAUCUAAUCUUCCUGAAAAAUAUAAAGGCUACGAAGAACUUCUGGAUGCAAAUCCUGACCCUGACUUUGUGGAACCAGUUGGAAUUCAACAGAAUGUUCAACAAUUGGAACACUCACUUCAGAAGCUACAACUGUACCCAGACCCAUUUGCCAGAGUGAACCUCCAGAGGGAGCCCUAUGUGCCCAGGGCAAGAAUGCCGAGGAAUCUAGCAGAAUUCUCGUCUCACAAGAGCAGAGCUGAUAAAAUGGAAGAGAUUCUGAAACGGAUGAAGGAGCAGAGAACAAUGAGCAUUAUUCCAUUAGCUCAUGUGUUACGCGGCAAGGGCAUCAGCAAGCAAGUCUAUGAAGAGGCUGUGCAUUUACUGAGAGGCCUGCAGCUUAAAUACAAGGAAGCUCGAAAGCAGCUGGCCAUUAACUACAGCAAGCUGCAAAGUGAGUGUUUGAAAACUGACCACAAUGAGGAACAGUCUGACAUUAGUCUCAAGCUUUCAGAUGAUCAGUCAGAACCGAACAACAGCUGAGAUUAGCAGCAGCAAAUUCUGAUCAGUCCAAUUUCGGUAGGUUUUGUCACAUGAUCUACAUCAUUCAUCACUCUGCUGAAAGGACAUGCCAUCAACCUCUA